AUGGCUCGACGCUACAUGGCCAAUUAUAUGCUCUGCCGUCGCGCGCUACGCAUCCGCUGCUCCUCUGCCUUUGCCAAAGAAACCGAGCGUUUCGCCCAGUCGAUCGGCUGCGAACAACUGUUCCGCACCCUCUCCUUCCGCUACCUCAACCGCAAACGGGAACGCGACGAGGAGAAGGCCGAUCGAAAAGACGAGAAGCGGAAGCGGGAGGAGGAAGAGGAGAAGCCGCGGCGGAAAAGCCUGGCCGGCGUGGAUCUCAGCUAUCUGGACGACGAGAAGCCGAUCGGCAGCUAUGAUCCGGAUGAAGCCUGGCCGACCGGGAAGGCAAACGAAAGUGAUGAGGCUGUACGCUGUAUUUGCGGGGCUUUGGAAGAAGAUGGUGAAAUGCUACAGUGUGAUGGUUGUCACUACUGGCUUCACAACGAUUGCGUCGGGUUGAACUCGGUCGAAGCGCCGGAUGAAUAUCUAUGCGACUUCUGCUCGGGCAAGAUCCCGUCAAAUCGACCAUCAACAGACGUUCUGCUGAAGCAUCGACCUGACUACAGCUACAAAGGAUGUGAAUAUUACAAAGCGCUGGUGAACAGCUACGGUCUGCAGGUGCGGCUGAACGAAACGAUAUACGUUGAAAAGUUCUCCGGCGAAGAGCAUAAAAAAGCCCUCAAGAAGGCCAUUGAAGUCUCCGAAACGGCAGCCACUGAAAAGCGAAAGCUGAAGAAACAGAAGAAAACAACCGACACCCUAGCGCCACGUCUGUUUUCCCGAAAAAACGUUGGCAUUAUGCGUGUGGAAAGGCUGUUCGUAACAGCAGAUGGACAACGUUGGGUCUUUGGACUAUACUACGCCAGACCGCACGAGACUUUCCGAGACCCGAACAAGUCUUUCCAUCCAAAUGAGGUGCUGUGCUGCGUGAAAAUGUACGAUACGUUACCGCUGGAUUCGAUUGCUGGUCGGUGCGCGGUCCUAUCUGCGAAAACAUGGUGCAAAGGACGGCCCAUCAUCCCCAAAUUAUACUCCAAGGAUCUGUUGUUUUGCGAGUAUGGACUACACGAGAAGGCGCGCAUGAUCAAGAAGCUGGCUGAGAACGAGCACUACUUCGUUAAUCAGCAGCCAUAUGUCUUCCAGACCUACGGGAAGAAACGAGAAAUCAAAAGGACGCUACAGCCGUUUUUACUUUCACCAAACGCCAAACUGUGCAUUGGGUCUCCAUCGCCAGCCUCCUGCUCAUCGCAAACUCCAAAUAAAAACGUUUUCGAAAGGGGCGAGUCUGCCAUCGACAAGGAAAACUUGAAGAAAAGGGGAAUUGACCGCCUAUCUCUCAUCGUUGACCGUAUCAAGCGGAAGUCGGCCCAUGCAACACAACGAUCAAAAGAAACGGACGAC